AUGAACAUCAGCGCACUGCUCAACUCAUACUACGAUUUGUCCGGGGAGCAGAUGAACCACAUCAACGAGUUCGUGGCCCGGGCCCUGCUCCACGUGGUCCACCACUACAUCCUCAGUGUGACCCCGUCGCUGGUCCUAACCCUCUGCUGCCGGAGCAAUCACACGUGCAAUUUCUACAACGAGAUGAUGAGCACAUUGUUCCGGCAAUGGGGAUUGGCCCCGGUGCAAAUCGUGAAUGUGAAGAGUGGUGUACCGUGGCAUCCGGUUCCGGGUCGUCGGCAUUUCAACGUCAUCUUCACGGACUCCUUUGCCGCUUUCGAGGAGAUCCGGAUGGAGUACUAUGCCCGGGAGUACAAUUACAAUGAGCACUACUUCAUCUUCCUUCAGGCCAGGGAUCGUCUGUUGCAGAGUGAGAUGCGACUGAUCUUCGACUAUUGCUGGCGCUAUCAGUUGAUCCACUGUAGUAUUCAAGUGCAAAAGUCCAACGGGGACAUCCUGUUCUACAGUUACUAUCCCUUUGGGGAGCGGGGUUGUCGAGAUAUGGAACCGCAGCUGAUCAAUCGCUAUAAUGGUAGUAUGCUAGUGGAACCGGAACUAUUCCCCCGGAAGUUGAGAAACUUCUUUGGUUGCCCUUUGAGAUGUGCCCUGUGGAAUGUGCCGCCAUUUCUAAAACUGAACAAGGACCAGUUGGUAAACGGAGGCUACGAGGGUCGUCUGCUCCUGGCUCUCGCUGAGAAGAUGAACUUCACCAUCGCCGUGCGCAAGGUGAAUGCAAAUGUGAGGGAAGAGGCCCUCGAAAUGCUGCAAAGUGGCGAGGCGGACCUAACUCUGGGCGGGAUCAGGCAAACGGUGGGUCGAAGCACGGUGGCCACCUCGACGAACAAUUACCACCAGACCCGCGAGGUUUUCGGAGUCCUGGCCUCCAGCUACGAGCUUAGCUCCUUCGACAUUCUCUUCUAUCCCUACCGCCUACAAAUCUGGCUGGGAAUCCUCGGCGUGGUGGCCCUGUCCGCCCUCCUCCAGCUGGCCGUGGACAGAAUGUUGAGGGAGCGUCUGCGAUCGCGGGCCUGGAUGAAUCUAGAGCUGAUCUUCGUGGGCAUGCCGCUGCUGGAGACCCCAAGAUCGCACACCGCUCGUCUCUAUUGCCUAAUGCUUAUGCUGUACACCCUGAUCAUCCGGACUAUCUAUCAGGGACUGCUGUACCAUCUGAUACGAACUCACCAGCUGAAUCGUUGGCCACAGACCAUUGAAUCACUGGUGCAAAAGAACUACACGGUGGUGCUGACGCCCAUUGUCCAGGAGGCGCUGGACGAGAUUCCCAGUGUACAGCACAUGAGAUUUCGGCUGUUGGAGUCCAACUCAGAGUUGGAUCCCCUGUACUUCCUGGAGGCCAAUCACCAGCUGAGGAAACAUGUGACCGCCUCCGCCCUGGACAUAUUCAUCCACUUCAAUCGCCUGAGUGCGGAGAGGAUCCAUCAGAAAGGCCGACAGGAAACGGGAGCCCACUUCGAAAUCGUUCCCGAGGACAUCAUCAAUAUGCAGUUGACCAUGUACCUGGCCAAGCACUCCUUCCUCAUCGACCAGAUGAACGAGGAGAUCAUGUGGAUGAGGUCCGUGGGUCUGCUGGCCUUUUGGGCCAGGUGGGAACUGGUCGAGAGCUAUCUGCGCAACGAGCACACUUACCAGAUCCUGGGCAUUAUGGAGCUGUAUGCCAUAUUCUUGAUGGUAAUGGUGGGUCUGAUCGUGGGCCUAAUCGUCUUCAUCCUGGAACUUGCCUCCCUGCGAUCGGUGUAUUUGAGAAAACUGUUCUUGUAG